AUGGACGCUCAGUCAACUGUUGAUGAAAACAUGCUCCAUUGUUUAUCAACGAAGGCUUCAAUGCUCACCAUCACUGGGUCAACCGUUGAAGCACGCUCAUUUAACGGUUCACGACGCUCAGUCAACUAUCGCCAUUACAGACUGGUUGCCACCAUGAUCACCGCAUCUUCCCGUCACCACUGA